AUGUCCAUACACGCCUCUCUUGGUUCUCUUAGAGUGUGUAUCUGGCCAUCGAACGUUUCUUCUGCCCAGUUGACCACUGUCCGACAUGCCUCUCUCAAUUCCGCCAUCGGCCGUGGCAUUCGCAAAUCCCGCGGGCUAGACAAUUCUCCUCCGUCACGAAACCCUACAAACGACAAUAAUUCUCGCAAUGGGCAAAAAGGCUCAUGGUCACGAAACCACACAGACUAUGAUGACCGCAGGGAUACACGGUCCGAUGUGGACGAAUUUGUCCGGUCAGGUAACUUCCGCGAAAGAGUCGGCGAACGGCAACAUCCGAGCUGGAUGAAGCGUGGAAGAAUGGACAAGGACGAAACCCUAAAGAAGCUCAGCAGAGCCAAGAAGCGGGAACCGAGACACAAAUGGUCAGAGAAAAUGCCGGAACGGGUAAAGGAUCACGUUUUUGUACCCAAAUCGAUACCCUAUACCACACCUGCGUCGGAGUUCAUUUACGGGACCAACGCUGUCGAAUCGACGCUGCGCUGCAGCCGGCGGAAAAUCUACAAGCUGUAUAUCUACCAAAACAAGGGAGAGGAAUUGGGGCCAGCGAAGCUUAUGCUACGCAAACUCGCUUUAGUGAAAAACAUCCCAGUGAAGCUGGCGUUUGCAGAAUGGGACCGUCUGCUUGACAAGAUGAGCUCCGGACGACCCCAUAACGGCUGUGUUCUCGAGGUGUCGCCUUUACCAAGAUUACCCGUGCAGAGCCUCGCGCCCGUUCCGUCUCCAGAAGAAGAUUUUUUCCGCGUGGAACUAGGUUCCCAAUCGCGGGAGGAGGCAUUAAUCAAUGGUACAAGUAACCGUAUCGAGAUCCAUCAACCGGUCCAACAAGAGCACCGACGGUAUCCUGUCACCUUGCUCCUAGACGGAAUCGUUGACCAAGGGAACCUCGGCGCAAUCAUCCGUUCUGCAUAUUACCUGGGCAUCGACGCGAUCGUUUUCGCUGGCCGAAACUCAGCACCUUUGUCCGACGUGACGAUCAAGGCUUCUGCUGGAGCUUCAGAAAACAUGACUCUCCUCGAAGUCAGCAACGAGAGAGCAUUCAUUCAGCAGUCCAAGACAAAUGGGUGGCGUUUCUAUGCGGCAGAUGUCCCCGGUCCUGGUUCUACGCUUGAGGGCCAACACGAUGCAAACCCUACCAGUGGUGGCAGUCGUUUGACUCAAGGACCUAGUGUUAUCAUGAUGGGGAGUGAGAGCAGCGGAUUGAGCCGUCAUUUCAUGUCCCAUGCAAAUGCUAUCGUGAGCAUCCCGGGAUCACGAUUUGUAGGUGAUUCGAGCGUUGAGUCUGAUCCCGCUCGGGUUGACAGUCUCAACGUCAGCGUCGCUGCGGCGCUAUUGAUGGAGAAGUUCCUACGGACCCCACUUGCAGUGACUGAAAUACCGCAGGAAGGCUGA